CUAGAGCGCCUUCUUUCUUUCUUUCUUUCUCUUAGGGUUUUCUUCAUGCAACCAAUCAGAGCCGAAGCGGCGUCGUUUUAAUCGGUUUUGGAAUCCGAAAUUGGAAUUGAGCGGAGAUGGAGAGGUUGGCGGAGGCGGCCGCGGCGGCGCUGGGGUAUGUGAGGUGGGAGGAGGUGUUUGUUUCGGCCGAUAAGGGGCGGAGGGAGGUUCAUUACUAUCUGAAACGGAGCGACGGGAGCUCAGAUCUGGCUGUGAUUGGGAAAGAGAAGAGCUUGAGGCACAUGUCGUAUCACUACGCGUUUCGAAACCGGUCUCUGUUCCCGGCGGCUUCGCUCGUUAAGCUCAAGUCGCGGAGGGAGGUCGUCGAUUGGCUCAAGUCUGUGGUUUCAGAUGCGCUGCCUCGUGUACCAUCUGGUUUAGAUGGAAGCAUGUUGGAUGAUAAAGAUGCUGGCGAGGUAGAUAUUGAACUUUUGAAGGUUACUCACUUGCGGAAGAUGGGCCGCUAUACUACAGAGUUUAUGUGGUUAGGUUCUCCUUUGAAGGGACGGAAGAAACGGAGGCAUUAUCAAUCGUUCAGCCGUAAUGGAGUUAUAGUUUCUGUUCAUGACUUUGUAUUCGUUUUAGCAGAGGAGGAUAAGCGUCUUGUUGCCUACUUAGAAGAUAUGUACGAGGACUCUAAGGGCAACAAGAUGGUUGUUGUUCGCUGGUUUCACAAAGUUGAUGAGGUUGGUAUGGUCUUGCCUCUCAAUUAUAAUGACAGAGAGAUUUUCUUCUCUCUUUGUCACCAACAUCUCAGUAUUGAAUGCAUUGAUGGAUUGGCUACUGUCCUCAGCCCCUUGCAUUUUGAGAAAUUUCUGAAAGAGGCGAAGCAAACACAGCUGGAACCCUUUGUAUGCCACAAACAGUUCGAAAAUGAUGAUGUGAAGCCCUUUGACAUUACUCAAGUUGAAGGUUAUUGGAAGCAGGAGAUACUUAGAUACAUGCACACAGUCAUCCCUUCAAAGGUUCAUGUGAGUUCUCAACGAUCGGUUGAUGAGUUGAAAGUGGGAGAAAUUGGUCAUGCCAGUGAUAUCAGACCUAAAAAGAGGCAGCAUUCUUCAAAAGAUGAUAUGCAUGUUGAAGGCCUUGAACGAAGGGUGUCACUGGGUGCAGCAUGCGGGGAAGCAGGCUACAUAACUAAAAAUGGCACUGAUUGUAAUGGUAAAAGAGGUUCUGCUGUUAUUGUACCUUUUCCGGAGGUGAAACGAACCCUGCCGCCACAUCUAGCAGUAGGUUCCCAGGUUGAAGUCCUCUCCCAAGAUAGUGGCAUUAGAGGGUGUUGGUUUAGAGCAUUGAUCAUCAAGAAGCAUAAAAACAAAGUUAAGGUACAAUACCAAGAUAUUCAGGAUGCAGUUGAUGAAGCUAACAAACUUGAGGAAUGGCUUUUAGCAUCGAAGAUUGCAGCUCCUGAUCAAUUGGGCAUUCGGCUUUGUGAUAGGCCAAGUAUUCGGCCAUGGGUACAGUCAAAUAAAGGAAGAGUUUCAUGGUCUGUUGAUGUUGGGAGCAUUGUUGAUGUCUGGUGGCAUGAUGGUUGGUGGGAAGGCAUAGUACUUCAGAAGGAAUGUGAUGACAGAUUUCACGUAUACUUCCCAGGAGAAAAUCGGGUUUUGAUUGUGGGGCGUAGUGAAGUGCGACAUUCUCAAGAGUGGCUUGGGAAAGAGUGGGCUCAUAUUAAGGAUAGAUCAGACCUUGUGGCCUCAAUAUCAAGUAAUCUAGAAUCCAAGAAAGCUGUUGGAAACUCAUUUGAUGGCAUGUCAGGGAUGUCUGAAAUCAGUGAUAGUGGAGUGUUGAAGAAACGUGAAACAUCUGCUAUUACCUCUGAUAGUGACAAGGAUGAAAAAGUUAAUGAAGUCGACAAGGUUCCUGAUCUUUUGAAGGAUGAUCUCUUUGCCCAGCUGAAAUGGAAGUCUUCGAGGAAGAGAAGACGUGUUUACACAAGGAGCUGUUCUUAGAUCCUUUUCAACUUCAGAGAAAAGGAUCUUGCUUCCCUUUAUGGGAUUCGACUUGGUACCUUAUUGUGUAUGAGGGUCUAUAAUUUGCUCUAUUCUUGAGUGAGUCCCGUAAGCUGCAGAAGGAAGCCAUGGAAUGCAGUUCUGAGCAAUGAAGUCGAAUAGCAGCUUAUCGCUUUCUGGAUCCAGUCUUGCUGCUGUUGAAUCCUUAUCCAUGCCUCUUGUGUGUAUUUUCUCUCCUCUGUUACAUGCGUUAUUUCACAAAGUUCAUUUUCAUUUAGGCCUGACUUGUGAGCUUAAUUUGUUUCAAAAACAGUUCCAGGAGGUUGUUCUCUCGUCUGAUAUACGAUGUUCUGGAUGUCAAAGCAGACUUGCUGACAUGAUGUCCAAAAUGGGUGGUAAGCUUUUGAAACAGCCUUCAUUCUUCUGAUCCUUGCAGUGAAUUAAGAUAGAUCAUUCAGCAUUCAGAACUUUGGGGGGGGAGGAAUAGUAUAUAGCAUAGAGUUUUGAUCUUUGGUCAUGAUUCUGCAGUACUGUUUAUGCAGAGCUUGAACUUUGGUUGCAGCAGGGUAGGUUCAAAAGCCUGGACUAGAAAGGAGCACUAUGGUGCAGUAUGGUCCUGUGUUUUCUAUUGCAGUUGUAUAUGGUUGUCUGCUAGUUCAACUCUUGGCUAAGGGCUUCUUCCUUAGUCCUUAGCAAAGGGACCACUGCUGCACUGCAUGUGUCUUCAUGGACGCUUUUGUUCAUAGUCGUGUAGUUUAGCAACUUUAGGGUCUUCCAUUAAUUUCCUGAAGUGAAAAUUUAUUACUCUUCCAUAAUGGUACUUGCUCUCUUUUAUUAGCACAGUAAGUGAUUAUGCUUGUUCUCACAU